AUGGCGACAAAUGAACCAUAUUAUACAAGUGAACAAAUUUCAAUACCAACAGAAUUUCCUGAUAUCUUACUUCAAUUUUCAAAAGCAGCAAUACGAACACAACCGACAGAUAUAUUAGCAUGGAGUGCAGCGUACUUUCGAGCAUUAGCAAAUGGUCAAACACCGCCAGUAAAAGAACGUCUAGAAAUGCCUGAUGCUACUCAAAAAAUUGAUACUGGUUUAACUAUGGGCUUGUUAAAAAUAUUACAUAGACAGUUUUCUUCCAAACGUACAAUAUCAUUACAACAAAUAAAAGAGAAAUAUGAGGAUUUAGAUAUUCCACAAGAACAAUUUGAUGAUAUUGUACAAAUCGGUUCAUUCAAUGAUAAUGUUCAAUGGGAUCAUUUUCUAGCUAUUGCUCUUACAAAAAUAUCUAAGAAUUUAACUGAUACAUUAAUUAAAAUAUGUGAGUUAUUAACAAGCGAUCCACCAGGUGCUAAUGCUCGUAUACCAUUUGAACAAUGGAAAAAAUUCUAUCGAUAUUUAGCUGAACUUGAUGGUGAGAUUAGUGAAGAACGUAUAAAACAAGUUAUUGAUUAUUUAGCUAAUGAAUGGGUUAUAAGACAAAAUGAUAUGAUUCAUCCAAGAAAUUUUCUUCAUCCCGAAUGCCCAAAACUCGAAGGAUAA